AUGAAGUUGACAGCAGCAACCCUCAUCUUUGCCGGCGGUGCCCUUGCGGCCGUCGAGGAGCGACAAAGCUGCCCUAAGGUCCACGUCUUCGGUGCCCGCGAGACUACCGCGCCAGCAGGCUACGGAACCGCUGGUGUCGUAGUCAACCUUGUCACCCAAGCAUACCAAGGAGCCACGGCCGAGGCAAUCAACUACCCGGCAUGUGGCGGGCAAAGCUCAUGCGGUGGUGCUAGCUACGCCAACUCAGCACUAGCUGGGACCGCCGCUGUAGCCAGCGCAGUCAACUCGUUCAACAGCAGGUGCCCAACCACUCAGCUCGUCUUAGUCGGAUACUCUCAGGGUGGUCAAAUCAUGGACAAUGCUUUCUGUGGCGGUGGUGACUCCAACAUCGGCCUCAGCAACACCGCAGUUCCUAUCCAGGCUGCGGCUAUUGAGAUGAUCAAGGCUGCCAUCUUCAUGGGCGACCCACGUCACAUCCCAGGUCUCCCAUACAAUGUUGGCACUUGCCAAGCCAGCGGCUUCGCCCCUCGCCCCAGCGGCUUCACCUGCCCAUCGGCCAGCAAAAUCCAGUCUUACUGCGACUCCCCUGACCCAUACUGCUGCAACGGCAACGACGCCAACGCCCACCAGCAAUACGGCAACAAGUACGGCCAGCAAGCACUUGCCUUCAUCAAGAGCAAGAUCACUGCAUAA